AUGUUCUCCCGAAGCCUCAAAGCAUCACUCACCCCACCUUCUUCUUUUCGCUCCUUCGUUGCCUCUUCUUCCUCUUCUUCUUCCUCCUCCUUCCGUCCUCUCCUCAAUUGCUCCCAGUUUCCAGCAGCUCGUGCUUUCCACCAAUCCUCUGCAGCCAUGUCUUCUUCUGCCUAUUUCGUUGUCGAGUACGGCACUCCUGGUAACACCAAGCAGGGUCGUAUUGACUUCAAGCUCUUCGACAAUGUCGUCCCCAAGACCGCCAAGAACUUUGCUGAGCUCUGCAAGGGCUUCACCGACGAGGCUGGCAAGGUCCUGACCUACAAGGGCUCUUCUUUCCACCGUGUCAUUCCUCAGUUCAUGCUCCAGGGUGGUGACUUUACCCGUGGCAACGGCACCGGUGGAAAGUCCAUCUACGGCGAGAAGUUCGCUGACGAGAACUUCAACCUCCGCCACGAUAAGCCCGGUCUGCUUUCCAUGGCCAACGCUGGUCCUAACACAAACGGCUCUCAAUUCUUCAUCACCACCGUCAAGACCAGCUGGCUCGAUGGCAAGCACGUCGUCUUCGGCGAGGUCACCAGCGGCCAAGACGUUGUUGACGCCAUUGAGAAGCUCGGUAGCUCCAGCGGCGCUCUCCGGGGAACCGCCAAGAUUGUUGACUCUGGUGCUGCUUAA